AUGGACCAAAGCGGAGAAGACGAUAGGCUGCGAUACACGGUCAAGUGGGAACUCGGCCAUGAGGAGACCACGUAUACCUUGUACCACGGUCUUCACUCAAGGCCCGACUGCCUCGCAUCAUCCAAGCCAUAUCGGAAAAUGCCUCAGAUCGACUACCACCCCAGCGAUGCUCGGCUUCUGCCAGCACCACUCGGCCACCCGGCGACAAUCGUAUGGGAAACUCAACUCGUUCCGGCCCUACGACGCAUGCUCGACCGUCUAUCCGUUACUCGCGCCGUCCUGCAUCUUGUACGCAUCGAGCGUCCGAUCAAUUCAUCGAUGGGUUGGGACCCGGAGAACUACCUCACAGAAAUCAUCGUCUGGAUCGGGGUGGAUAGAGACACAGCUCCCGAGCUGGCCAGCGGUCUAGUGGCUGGUACGCUAGCAGAGGUCCAAAUCCUGGGACUCGAGGACGUCGAGUGCGAGGUCUUCACGUCCCGCACUAUCCCCCUGGUCGGACCUGCAUUCCGCGACGACGCAUACAAGUACCUCUCGGAUGAGGCACAGGAAGUCGCUCAGCAAUUCGGUGUCGGCGUCUGUCUCGACAUCACCCCUCACGGUUCCCAGGUGCAGGGUACCGGUGGAGUCUUUAUAAAGCUCGCUGGACGCCCAGGAACCUAUCUCCUGACCUGCCAACAUCUUUUGGAUGACGAUCCUCACGCGGAGAGACUGAUCGAUGGUCCACGGACGGGCGCAUGGGUCAGUCUGUGCACGGACUCCAGCUUCGGCAAGCAUCUGGAGAGCCUUACCCGGGCGCGCCGGAUACAGGAAUACCGAUUGCAGCGACAUGAGCGGGUACUGCAAAACGCAAGCGAGGAGACGGGCGCAGGCUGCGUCAAGGAUCAACCGGACCAUCGGAUACUCGGCCAAGCCGUGUCGUACCGCCCAGUCGAGGUCCUGGUUCCUGGCGAAGAGACAGAUGGUACUUCCCCGCCCGUCGCGCGGCAGGAAUUGGGCUGGGAACUGGAUUGGGGCCUGGUGGAGCUAGACGAGGUCAAGCUAGGAGAGGAGCUGGAUCACUGGGACGGGUCCAAACGGAACCGCGUCUUUGUCGGAUGGCGAACGCUGCGAGGGUCGGGUGGCAUGCUGCCGAGAUCCUUCGACGGCGACGCCGUCCCCAUUACCAGCAUCGUGUCGCUGUGCGAAACAGGGGAAACCGAAAUACCCGUCUUCAAGCGGGGUGCCGGAACGGGUCUGACGUCCGGGGUAAUCAACCCCGUCAGAUCGAUUCUACGGGAUCGUCGGAUGCAGAGCGGUCAGAUGCAGGUGGUCGAUACCUGGGAGAUCUGCGCCAUGGCGCGACCACCACCGAUAUUCAGCGAUGAUCCGAAUAAGGCGUUCUGUGCCCCGGGCGACUCUGGCUCAAUUGUUGUCGGGAUGGACGGGCGGGCGAUUGGGAUGAUCACAAGAGGAUUUGCGGGUCACAGUGACAGGUGCGACAUGGGGUGUGUGACACCCCUCGACCUUAUCUUCGAAGACAUGACGCGGCGGUACGGCUUGGAGGCUUCGCUUGCAUGA